CACGUGGGCAGGCAGCUAGUGCUGCCCACCAAUCCCUAGGUUUACUCAAAAUUCUUAUCUCAGAUAAACACUCUGUCCAGAUCACAAUGAACACUCAACAACAGAGGGAUAAUACUCAUUUACAUAAUCUUCAGAGAUCUUAUCUUUGGACUACAGAUCCAGAAAAGCUGAAAAAAUCAGAACAAUGCAGAAACCUAUGGUACAAUGGUUUUAAUUUGAAAGAGGGGAACAGGCCCAGGUUUGCCGAGGCAAACCUUCCAUGGUUCACUCUGGAUGAUGUGGAGAAGAUGAAACUUCUGGCGAAUGGUACAGUGAUAAAGAAGGACCGAAUUCUUGGCCAUGGGCAAAUAAUUAGAGUCGCUCUAUCAUAUAAUCAAGAUGCCCUUUUUCAUGACUCCCAAAGUUUGUGUUUGAAUGGGCUAUGUGGCUUAAUCAAAAGGUCCACUGAUCUCUAUGAAGUUCUUGCAUUCCAUUUGGACAGAAUUUUGGGGCUGCGCCGGAGCUUACCUGUAGUGGCCAGGAGAUUUUGCAGCCACUUGCUACCCUACAAGUACACCAAUGGUGUUACUAGGCCCAUUGUAUGGUGGGCACCAGAUAUACAGCACUUGAAUGAUUCUAAUAAUGAUCAGAACUCCUUUACUAUAAGAUGGUUGCAGUACCAGGACUUGUUGCAACAGCGGUGUGGCAUGGAAGAUUCCAGAACAUCACUUGGGAAAAGUCCUUGUUUGACUGUCCUACAUUCUGAAUGGGCUAAAUUGGCACUCUUUGAUUUUCUUCUGCAGGUCCAUGAUCGUCUGGAUCGAUACUGCUGUGGUUUCCAACCAGAUUACUCUGAGUCUUGUGUUCAGGAAUUGCUCCAUGAGAAAUGCCGAAAUCCUGCAGAACUGUUUUUGGUCCAUAUUUUGGUGCGGAAAAGCAAGCCUUCUCAGUUAGUAUUUAUUGACAAUGCAGGAAGACCUUUCCACUCUGAAACGAAACUUAAUUUCAGACUUCUGCAAGGGAUAGAUGGGUUUCCCCGGACAGCUGUAACAAUGCUCCAAUCAGGAUGCCUACAAAACCUGCUUUUACAAUCCUUGCAUGUAGAUACAGAAUUCUGGGGAAGUCAAGGUGGAUAUGAAGGUCUGAAGUAUUGGCUUAAUACCAUUGACAGGAGAGGCCAGGUUCUGCUUCAAUACAUUAAAGAACAUAAUUUGACCAUCACUGAAGAUUCCUUGGAUUAGCUUUUGAUGAAAAGUAUUAUACAUACUCUGCUUUAGGAAAGAGCACUGAACUCUGGAAAGACCCAGUGCCCUGGUGACAAGCAGGCAUUCUGCUAACUACAGAAGCUGUUCUAUAUGAAUUC